GCUCGACCUCGCCGCCCUUAGCUUGUGAGAAAGAGAAUGGCGUGCAUGCUGGCUGUCUCUGUCACCUCUGGAAGAUCGACCGAGAUCUUCUCUCGCCAUGAACAAUAAUCCUCAGGGGUUCUCUUUCCCUCCGCCUCCGCCUCCUCCUCCCUCUUCUCAACGACAGCACCAGCCGCCACACCAACCGCCACACCAGCAGCACCCGCACCCGCAGCAACAAUAUCACCAUGGCCAUAACGCGGCGGCGUAUCCGUCUCAAUAUGGUGCGGGCUAUCACGGUCAGCAACGUGGUGGGCGCGCUCCCGGUGCACACCAUCGAGGUCGCGGGAGAGGAGGCUACGGGAACCAUCACCGUGGCGGAGGAGGUGGACGUGGCGGCAGCCAUUACAUGACGCCCGAUGUCAAUGUCAACCGGGGAUACUCGACUGCCAACGUCGCAGCCGCCGCCGGAGCUGGGCCUGUCGGCGGCUACACUCCCAUGAACUACGCGGGAUACACGCCUCAGCCUCUCUCUGCCACUCCGCAGGCAGUCUCGACCUCUCAAUUUGCGCCCUCGCGGUCGCCGAAUUUCCAGCAUCGCACUACAACCACACCCUCAUUCACCCCUCCUCCUCAACCCUACGCCUCCGCCUCCCUAGCACAUGUGCCGCCACCGUAUCAACCCCAGCCGAACUACCCUGCGGCCGCUGCACAACCCGCUCCUACAUACCCGCCGGCCGUGCCUACCCACAACCAUGUUACGCAACCAGUCCAACCUCAAAUGAUGGGACCACCAAUGCGCUGGGGGUUUGACAACUCGGCGCCGGCGGGAGUUUUCCCUGGCGGACAGCGCGGUCAUCAGCGAGGCGGGCGCUCAUUCAACAACUACAAUACCCAGCCGGAUAAGCAAAUGAACCAUGGUAAUAAACGGGACCAUAACUCAGCCUUUGGUCGUCCACCCCAAGCCAGCGCGCCGCGCGUCGCUGCACCCCCGCCGGUCCCCAGCUUCGGAAAUCCUCUACUACCCUCAAAACCUCCCCCGCCCGCGGAGGCCGCCCGAAAGCCGAAGAAGAAGAAGAGAAAGCACAAUCAACUCGGGCUAACGCCGAAGACGGAGGAGCACGAGUCUAGUGAAGAGGAAGACGACGUGGACGAGGAGGCCCGACUGGCCGCCGUUGGAGGAGCCGCAGGAGCUAGCGCUUCCGCGCCUCUGCAGGUCACUUACAGGGGGCGGACCUCGACGUUACAGACGUCGGAGGACAUCAAAGCGUGGAUUGAGGAGCGUAAGAAACGCUUCCCUACCCAAGCGAGAGUUGAAGAAAAGAAGAAGGCCAUGGAAGAGGCCAAGAAGGCCCGGGAUGAGGCGCUGCGGCAGAAAAAGCUGCAGCGACAAGAGCAGAACCCGCCGCAGAAGGAUGCCAAGAACCAAAAAGGGCGCGAGCAGCUGAAUCACAAGGAUCAGCGGAAGGAUUCUAAGGAUCCCGUCGAUAUCGCUGCAAAGGCCAAAUUGAAGGCGGAUAAGCUGCGGCGGAAAUUGAUGAGGGAAGAGAAGCGAGUCGCGAGAGCAGAAGCCGAUGCUGAAAGGGCCCGUAUGAGGGUGGAGGAACUCCAGAAAAGCUCAACAAAUACAGCCACAGAACAGGACCAGCCUGACGCUCCAAUGGAAAACGCAUCGGAGUCUCAGAUUAAACCACCGGAGCCAACCACAACUCCGGCUAGCGGUCCAGGUGUCGAAGAAACUGCCCCUGCAAUCGAUCCCAAACCAGAUGCUGCGGGGACUCACGCAGGGGACGCGGCCAGCGUAUCAUCUCUAGAUGACUCCGAUAGCAGCGACUGGACGUCCUCCAGUGGAUCUGACUCGUCUUCCGAGGAUUCUGAUGGUAGUGAUAAUGAUUCUGCCCCCGAGGAAGCAACAUCCAAACGGGAAGGCCCCGAGCGGGUGCCUCCACCGGCACGCGAGACGAAGAAGAAGGUAUUAUGCCGGCAUUUCGCCCGUCGUGGCCGUUGCAAGCAUGGAGACAAAUGCAAAUUCUCGCAUGAGUUGCCCGAGCGCGGGACCAAAGCGAAACCCACCGAACAAAAGGGACGAAAAGGGCUUCUUCAGGCACUUUUGGAUCGGCAAAAGACCGAGGAUGAUCGCAAGGUGAUGGAGGCGAUUGUCUGGCUCGGGGAGAACGGCAUGCUCGAUGCACCGAAAGAAUCAGGAGACAACAAUGAUGCCUCCUCCGCAGCCGGGGACGUGAAGACUGAUCCUGGAAACGAAGACCGUCAAAACUUGGUGGUGUCGGAGACCACGGCGCCCGGACAAGGGGGUGACGCCGCUGCACCUUCGACUGCAUAGAUGACUGCAUGACAUAGAGACGGGUUUUCAGCGCCAUUGCAGCGGCAAAUGCAAUGUACAUAAACCGAUACACACCCCACCCCCACCACCAAUGUAGACCUUUGUGAAGUAUAAAUGUAUGGAUCAUGUUGCGUGAGGUGCAAGC